CAGUUAUGUAAAAAGCUCGACUCAAACACAGUCUCUUCCGAUGAAACUCCCGCGUUUUCUCUUCUUCUUCUUCCUCUCCCUCUCCUUUUUCCUCUCUGCAACCUGCCAUGGCGGCAACGACGACGACGACGACAAGGCAGCCGGUGAGAGCAACGAGGCUUCUCAUAACCUGCGUUCGAAAUCCCUGAUCCUGGUAAAGAUAUGGUGCUUGAUCCUGGUGUUUACGGGCACCUUCAUCGGUGGGGUGUCGCCCUAUUUCCUAAAGUGGAACCAGGGUUUUCUGGUUCUGGGAACGCAGUUUGCCGGCGGGGUGUUUCUGGGGACUGCUAUGAUGCAUUUCCUGAGCGAUGCUAAUGAGGCUUUCGGCGAUUUGACGACUGAAGAAUACCCUUUCGCGUUCAUGUUGGCUUGUGCUGGAUACCUGUUCACAAUGCUUGCUGACUGCGUCGUUUCUCAUGUGUAUGGGAAACAUCAGGGUUCAUUUAACAAUGGGGAUCUAGAGCUUCGAGGGGCUGAGAAGAGCAAAACUCAUCCUCAUGUUCAUGGCGAUCCACCGGUAGGUAAUGGCACGGAUACGGCUUGUGCACAGUCUUCGUCGCUCGCAAACGCGAGUUCUUAUGGAGAUAGCGUUCUUUUGAUCAUAGCGUUGUGCUUCCAUUCAGUUUUCGAGGGCAUAGCAAUCGGAGUUGCAGAGACCGAAGCUGAUGCUUGGAGAGCCUUGUGGACAAUCUCCUUGCACAAGAUAUUUGCAGCGAUUGCAAUGGGGAUAGCACUACUCCGAAUGAUACCAGAUCGUCCGUUGUUGUCGUGCAUAGCUUAUGCGUUUGCAUUCGCCAUCUCAAGUCCUGUUGGGGUGGCCAUCGGGAUCGUUAUAGAUGCCACGGCUCAGGGUGCUGUGGCCGACUGGAUCUUUGCCAUAUCCAUGGGGUUAGCCUGCGGAGUUUUCAUCUAUGUGUCGAUAAAUCAUCUGCUGUCUAAAGGUUACAUGCCCCUGAAGACGGUUUCUGUCGACACACCACACCACAAGUUUUUGUCUGUCUUGUUAGGUGUCGGGGUGAUCGCUGUCGUAAUGAUCUGGGACACUUGAAGGAAUUUCAAACUUUUG